GGGAGAUUGUUGUGCUCCGCGCCCUUUCCUGAGGGGACGGGCUGAGAGUCUGUGAGGCGGCGGCAUGGACGGUCCCGUGUCCAGUAUGGAGGUCUGUAACCUGGCCUACACGGGGCAGCUGGAGUUGCUGCAGGACCGGCUGAGGGAGGACCGCAGCCUGGCCACCCGCAGCGACCAGGAUCACCGAACAGCGCUGCACUGGGCAUGCUCAGCGGGACACCCGGACAUCGUGCAUUUCUUGCUAGGCCUGGGCGUGCCUGUCGAUGACAAGGACGACGCUAGCUGGACUCCUCUCCAUAUUGCAGCUUCAGCAGGCCAUGAUGAAAUUGUGAAAGCUCUGAUUGGAAAAGAUGCUCAAGUGAAUGAUGUUAAUCAAAAUGGCUGCACACCUCUGCAUUAUGCAGCCUCCAGAAAUAGACAAGAGAUUGCAGUUAUGCUGUUAGAGAAAGGAGCUGAUCCUGAUGCAACAGACCACUAUGAAUCCACUCCAUUACACAGAGCAGCAGCCAAAGGAAACCUAAAAAUGAUACAGAUCCUGCUGCAGUACAAAGCGUCUGUGAAUAUGCAGGACUCUGAAGGGAACACACCUCUCCAUUUAGCCUGUGCUGAAGAGAGAGUGGAUGAGGCAAAGCUGUUGGUGUCCCAUGGUGCAAGUAUUUACAUUGAGAAUAAAGAAGAAAAGACCCCGCUGAAAGUGUCAAAAGUUGGCCUGGGAACUGUACUUAAAAGACUGGUGGAAGACUAGCAGUGUUGGAUGAGUUAUGACUUGAAUUCCAUUCCUGAUGCACCCAUUUAAGACUAUUAUCUUAAUAUUUUGAUAGCUUAAUUUUGAUAGCUUAAAUGUUGUUAUAAUGUGCAUAUAUAAUGUAUGUAGUGGUAUAUAUCAGUACCCUUCAAUUUUACCACCAAGUGCACUUCUUCUAAUUGCCUGUUAAUUAAACCAGUCAGCACUUUUAAAAUAUUUUUAGUAUCCUGCAGUUUUGUUUCAUGUAAAAUUAUUGUUACUCUUAUAAAUUGGAAUUGGAAGAAACCUGUUAGGUUUUAUUUUCUAUUUUACAGGGCCUAGUGUGGGAUUGAUUCUUUAUAGUAUAUUGUGUUCAGUCCUGUUGCUUGAGCCAUUUAAAAUUAGGUUUGCUUUGGAAGCCCGUUCCACAGUCUAUUACUUUUUGUUACAGCUGGCCAGAAAAUGGAAUUGAAGUUCUGUGAAAAACACAAGAAUAUUUUAGGUGUUUCCAAAACAAAAUAUGCUUCUUGGACUCCCCGGCUGCCUACCCGGAUGAGUUACCGAGGAGCUGGGGAUCCCAGGACAUAUAGGCUGCUGGCUUCUCAGCAGCCCACCUGAUGGGGAUCCCAGGGAGCUUAUUUUGGGAGCUCCGGAAGCCAAAAUUCAAAGUCAGUUUGCCUGGCAGGCUGCUGUGGAGCUGGGGCUUCAGAAAACACAGUCCUCAAACAAAAAAAAAAUUCCAUUGGAAAAUUUCCAAUCAGUUCUGCAUCUUGUAAAGGAACUGGCGUUUUUUCCUUUUUUCUUCUUCUUGGUAUUCAUAUUACAUAUUUGUUUUUUUCAGUUUAAUCCAAUUCUUAUUUCACUUCAGACCACUCUAAACUAUUCCUCUCCCUCCUUAUUAUCUAAACUACUGUUCAACUACUUCUAGAGGUUAAUUCUAUUUGCCACCCCUUUCAUUUGUCUAACCCCCUUUUGGCAUAGCUAUGAAUACUUCACUCUCAAUACGUCUUUAUUGCCUGGUCUGUCUGGCCCUCUAGUCUGUGAUGUUCCCUUCAGUUUGUCAAAUGCUUCCUGGUAAUGAGAUGCUCAAACUGUGUCUAGUAAGGUACAUGCAGACUCACUAGUGCCCCCCAGAGACACUGUCAUCUAAUUACAUUGCUUUCUGCUGGCCCAGUAUGUCUCAUUGCAAGCUCCCAUCUAAUUUUACUAUCCGCUAUCAUCUUGUGCCUUUAUUUAAUAUCCCAGCUUUUAAGAGGUGUUUUGCCCAUUGAAUAUCUGUGUUCUGGAUUUUUUCCUCAGAUGUACUAGCUUGAAUCUCAUUGAAUUUCCUUCUCUAGCUGUCAAUGUUGGUGGUUUGGUGCAUCCCACUGUGUAAUAUUAUCUCUGACUUUAAUGUGCUGUUUACCUCUUUAAUAUCAAUAGUCCAGGGCACCCUUUAUUUACUAGCAGCAACUUCUGCUUCCUUAGUUAUAGGAAGAUAAAAUUGUUGUAUGACUGAAAGCUGUGGUGUUCAUGGGCAUGUAC